GACACACAUCGAGGAACAGAGACAGGAGUUGGGAAGAGAGCGACCAGGGAGGAGCUGGGAGAGGUGGGGACCACGGGGCUAGUGAUCUGCACACACGCCAGUCCCCAGAGACACCCCCUCCCCAGAGACAUUUGUCUGCAGCCUUGGGUGUUGUGAGCCCACCCUGAUGCAGGCAGCCUGGCUCCUGGGGGCCCUGGUGGUCCCCCAGCUCCUGGGCUUCAGCCACGGGGCUCGGGGAGCUGAGAGGGAGUGGGAGGGGGGCUGGGGAGGAGCCCAGGAGGAGGAACGGGAGAGGGAGGCCCUGAUGCUGAAGCAUUUACAGGAGGCCUUGGGGCUGCCCGCUGCGAGGGGGGACGCUGCGAGGGGGGACGAACAUCCUGAGGGAACACCUGAAGACAAAGGGGCCUGGGAGACUGAGGAGGAUCAUCAGGGGGAGGAAGAAGAGGAAGCAACGCCAAUCUCCUCCUCCAGCCCCAGCCCCAGCCCCAGCCCCAGCCCUACUCCCACCCCAGAGGACACUGUCACUUACAUCUUGGGCCGCCUGGCCGGCCUGGACGCGGGCCUGCACCAGGUGCACGUUCGUCUGCACGUGUUGGACACCCGCGUGGUCGAGCUGACCACGGGGCUGCGGCAGCUGCGGGAGGCGGUGGGUGACACUCGCGACGCCGUGCAAGCCCUGCAGGAGGCGCAGAGCCGCGCCGAGCGCGAGCGUGGCCGCUUAGAGGGCUGCCUGAAGGGGUUGCGCCUUGGCCACAAGUGCUUCCUGCUCUCGCGCGACUUCGAGGCGCAGGCGGCGGCGCAAGCGCGGUGUGUGGCGCGGGGCGGGAGCCUGGCACAACCCGCGGACCGCCAGCAGAUGGAAGCGCUCACUCGCUACCUGCGUGCGGCGCUGGCCCCCUACAACUGGCCGGUGUGGCUGGGCGUGCACGACCGGCGCGCCGAGGGCCUCUACCUCUUCGAGAACGGCCAGCGCGUGUCCUUCUUCGCCUGGCACCAAGCGCCCCGGCCCGAGCCCGGUUCCGAGCCCAGCGCCGCGCCACACCCGCUCAGCCCCAAUCAGCCCAACGGCGGCGCGCUGGAGAACUGCGUGGCGCAGGCCUCGGACGACGGCUCCUGGUGGGACCACGACUGCGAGAGGCGCCUCUACUACGUCUGCGAGUUCCCCUUCUAACGGGGCCGGUCCCCGCCUCGUCUUUCCAUCCCUCCACCCGCCCUUUGCCAAGGCCGAGCACUUUCCGAAAACGCCCUUCCCUUCCUCCCUCUCUUCCUUGCCCGUGUUUUUCCUGGGAGCAGCGAGCACCAGGCUUAGGUACGGCAACAAUAAAGCCUUGUGGAAUCUGACUUGA